GGAGAUACGCGCCAGCAGCCAGCUUGAGGUGUGGAGCGAGGUUGUGUCCCCCUUCCACCUGCUGCCCCGCGAGGUGCUGGCGGCCACCUGCAACGGGGUGCUGCGGGGGCUGGUGGCCUCGCUGCUGCCGCUCUUUGUGCGCAUGCUGGCGCAGGACUAUGAAAAGUGGGCCCAGGACCCCGCGUACCGGGCGGAGCGGGCAGCUCGCAGCAGCGGCGGUGACGGCAGCACUGAGCUACCCAGCACCGCUACCAGCAGCAGCAGCAACGGCAGCAGCAGCAGCCAUGAGAGGGUCCUAGUGUCGUAGGUAGCGCCCCGUCGUGGGUCUCGUGUCCCGCUGCCGCCACCUCCUCCUGCCUCUUGGACACCUGUCACCGGUGUUUUGAAGCUGGCAGCGGGCUUGGGGCACUCGUCGUUUAAUGCACAUGGUGCGAGUUUACGGUGUCUGAUGUGUGUGCUAAAAUAACUGGCCGCGAGGCGAAUAACUUUGCUUGCCUUGGACUGCAGCACUGGAAGGGGCCCCUAGGGCGCUAGUGCAUUAUGGCAUGGGUGUUAAGAAAACUGGCUGCGAGUAGGAACGAGUCAUGUGUGUGUUAGAAUAACUGGCCGCGUGUGUGUGUCGGGUGGGGUGGGCUGCUGCCUUGCUGGUUGCCUAGAUGUUAUCAAUCUAUGAUAUCCUUGAGCUCGAAACAGCACAAAUUUCUUGGCGAUGAAAGGGAGAGGGAUGUCACGGGGUUCCGCGGGGGUGCCGCUCGGACGCUGGUGGGUGAGGCAGCAGGUGCCGGGGGGCAGGAAGUUGGGUCUGGGUGGUGCCCGGGUCGCCAUGAGGGGCCCAGUGGCGGGAAACGCUAGAGGGGGCCACGGAGGCACUUGAAUUGGAUUCAUGCAUGGAGGG